AUGGCUAACAUCAAGCUUCACUGCCAGCUCUGUGGAAAGAAGCUGUCAACAACCACCUUUGCUUGCUGUGUUCAGGUUGCAACCAACACAUUCCCUCAGCAAGGCUGCAUUACCACCGUCAACAAUGCAUUCGAGCAGGUGCUGGAAAGGGGUCUAAAGGUUCUAAGAUCGCCACUCACCGAUCGUCACAUACCACACCAGGCAAGUUCUCACAAAGACGGUUUGAGGAGUGAAUGUUGUAUAACCCCCUCCUCGCAUUAUUGUGUAAUAACUGUGUUUAUGUUAUGUCUUGCAGGGAACCUACAGCAGGACCUUCCCAUACAACAAGUCUCGACUCGCCCCCUCUCACCCCUACCCGGUCCGUCCAGGUCUAUUACACCGCAACCGGGACCAUCGCGGAUUCUCUCGCCCCAACCCGGCCGUCCAGGUCUAUUACAGCACAACCGGAAAUAUCGCGUGCUCAUAGACUUCACUACCGGCAAUGUCACGCAUAUUGAAAAAGAUAUCACACUGUGCAGUUAUGCAAUAUCUAGCGAAGACGAGUGUAGAAGAGCUGUAUGCGGAUGGGCAGAGGAAGCAGAAGCUAAACUAGAAGAGUGGUUAUCAGAUGAGGGAAGCGGACUCGAUCUUGAAUCCAUUAAUGCUCACGACAUUACGAUAUCACAUCUUCUAGUUCCCCAAGCAAUUGGACGACAUGUGGCAUAUCCUGAAGAUGUUCGAGGGGGUCAUUAUAUCUUCAACCCAACAGGUAACACAGACUGUGUCAUACGAUCCCUCGCGGCCGGAAAAUGGCUAGCAGCUGGACGCUCAAAAAAUAAUCUACACAGAGCAGUGAGAAAAGGAAGAGAAGACAUCAAGGAGCGACUGCGUCUUCACCUACUUCUUCUUAAAAAUGAGCACGCCUGUCUAAUAACAGACUUUAAUAAGUACAUGGACGUAUUUACCAUGAGAGGCAGGAACGUUCACAAGCACUUUUGUCGCACAUGUUUCUCUUCGUUUCCCGAUCAGAGAUCAGCCGAAUCUCACAUGUCAGGAUGUGAGAUGCCAACAAAGAUCACUUACCCGUUGCAGGGGAGUAAACUCGCCUUCGUGAAUUAUGGGAAAGCAUUUGCACCAUCACACAUGUGUAUCUACGACUUUGAAGCCUUCAUGGACAAGACUGGUGGAGGGGAGAGAUGUAUAGCACAGCACAAAGCCUGUGCCUACAGCUAUAUCAUAAUAGACAGACAAGGUGAAGUAGUAGAUAGUUUUCUAUAUCAGGGUGCCGACGCUGCCACGCACUUUGUUGAGAAUCUGUCUAACAAAUGGGCGGACAUUGUAAAAAACAUGCCUUAUCAUCCUCUCCACAUGUCCAACGAAGAUGAAGAAGCUUUUAAGAAGGCCGAAAUGUGCGAAAUGUGCAACCAAAAAUUUCCCACACAUCAACAAAAGCACAGACACCACGACCAUACUAAAGAUCGGAUGAACUACAUUGGUGCUUAUUGCGCUCGCUGUAACCUCCAGAUGAAAAAUCAUCGCACAGCUAUCCCCUGUCUGGCUCAUAAUCACUCUUACGACCUCGGGCUCAUUCUGAAAGAAAUGCAAGUUAACACAAAAAUCAAAAUUCUUACGAAGCAAGGGCUUCGAUAUCACUCUGUGGAACUAAACAACCUGAAAUUCCUCGAUAGCUUAGCUUAUGAACCCCCCCCUAUUGAAAAGUUUUAUAGCUCCCUCACAGGUGAGACGGUUACGGAGGAGGAGUAUGCUCAUGCACUAAAAGUCUGGAAUGCAGCCGGGUGUCGUACUUUAGGUGAUUAUUUAGAGUGCUACCUGAGGACUGAUGUGGGUUUGCUAGCCGAUGUGAUUACAGAGUGGAGGUCUAUGCUUGCUGAAAAGUACGAUCUGGAUAUAGUUAACUAUGUCAGUCUUCCCGGAUAUGCAUACGAUGCAUUCCUAAAAAUGACAAAAACAAACCUUGAGCUUAUAUCCGAUCCAGAAUUAGCCCGCAAAAUUGAGCAAUCUGUGAGAGGGGGACUGACAACAUGUGUUCGCCCUCUCACGG